GGUGUGCUCAAUUAGAUACUCCCCUCGUUGCCAUCACCACCCUCACACAUUCCCACGCACACGUUUCCCCAUACACGCACCCCAGGCGAGCCAUAGAUGCUGUGCGCGCGUACAUGGUCACACCCAUAGCACAGGGAGGCGCCUUUGCGUCGCAUGGUCACUCGUGCCCCCCUCGCCCUCUCCCCUUGUGCUGUACAGUAGUAGCAGUGGUGCUGUGCCGUGUGUUGGUUGCCGGUAGCCACAGCCCACAGUGGGUGGGCGGACGGGCGUAGCAGAAGCAGAGCGAGCUGCGAAAACCUUGGACAGGAGUUGAGAGGCCCUAUCUUUUCAUGUCCAUCUCCGAGUGAGCGAGCGAGACCGACUGAUUGAUGCGUGAUGCCUCACUAGCUGCGCCCCCUUUGUGGCAAAUCUCAUCAGCAACAGAGACCGCUGGUGUGACAACUAGUUGUCAAGACAUCUUCUCUUCUCUCUCCUCGCCCGGCUCUCUCCAUAUCUCUCGCCCUGUCUUCUUCCUUCUUCCUUCACCCUUGAGAGAGAGGGGGAGAGAGAGAAGGGAAAAGAGUGGGGAGAGGAAGAGGGAUGGAGCGGAGGCGGAAGGCAAUGUGGCUGUACCCAAAGGUGGUUGGCUUCAAUCCUCCGGAGAGAUGGGGCCACUCCGCCUGCUUCUUCGAAGGAGUCGUCUACGUGUUCGGGGUAUGCAUUCGUGAGUCGGCUGCCAAUUUUGUUCAUGUUCUUGAUCAUGCCUUCCCCUAGAUUGUUCUUCAUCUUUGCUUCCAAUUCUUUUAUAAAUUUUGCAUUUUGACGCUUCUCUUGAGCCGUGGAAACUUAGUGGUCACUCGGCUGGAAAGCAGUUGAAAGCCUGGCGAGCCUGAGUGGAUUAACAUGAAGAGUUCGUGAGCUCUGACGCUUUUUUGGGGAUUCUUUUGGCCAAAAAAGUCGUAUCUUUUCCGGUGUUAGUCCUUUGGAGUUGUGUUUUGUCUUGUUGCAGACUUGCAGCUCCCAGAGAUGUAGUCGCAAGCAAAAUGUUUUGCAGCUUUCACCUAAAGCGAGCGAGUUCUUUGCUGUAAUAUUCCUCCAUAAUGAAAAAAGUAGCAGUAAAGGAAAACAAAAACUUUUGCAUCAGAAACCAUUUGUUCACCCCACACCUCACACCUUCGAUCGGUUCUUACUGCGCCGACCGAGACGCCGUCCUCUGCUGCUCAACAUCGAUCGAUGGCCUCCAAACAUUUCACAGCUCGCUACGCAUGCAAACAGUGAAACAGACCAGUAGACAUCACAUGGUUUCACAGUCAUCUUUCACAAGAUCGAACGAUCAAUCUGCAAGGGAUGCUGCGGCGGACUGCACUUCAGCGACGUGCUGACCCUGAACGUGGAGACCAUGGCGUGGAGCUCCCUCGCCACGACGGGGCAGCGCCCGGGGACGCGGGACAGCCACGGCGCGGCGCUGGUGGGCCACCGGAUGCUUGUGUUCGGGGGCACCAACGGCGGCAAGAAGGUGAACGACCUCCACGUGCUCGACCUGCGCACCGGGGAGUGGACCCGGCCGCAGUGCAAGGGGACACCGCCGUCGCCGCGGGAGAGCCACACCGUGACCGUGGUCGGCGGCGACAGGCUCGUGGUGUUCGGCGGGAGCGGGGAGGGGGAGGGCAACUACCUCAGCGACGUGCACGUGCUGGACGUGCCCACCAUGACGUGGUCCUCGCCGGAGGUGAAGGGCGACUACGCGCCCGCCCCCAGGGACAGCCACGGCGCCGUCGCCGUCGGCGGCAGGCUGUUCGUCUACGGUGGGGACUGCGGCGACCGAUACCAUGGCGAGGUGGACGUGCUCGACGUCGACACCAUGGCGUGGUCAAGGUUUGCAGUAAAAGGAGCCUCACCUGGUGUCCGAGCAGGUCAUGCAGCUGUAAGCGUCGGGUCUAAGGUUUAUAUUAUUGGAGGAGUUGGAGAUAAGCAAUAUUACAGUGAUGUCUGGAUUCUUGAUGUCACUAAUCGUUCAUGGAAUCAGCUCGAGGUAUGCGGGCAGCAACCGCAGGGACGGUUUUCUCAUACCGCGGUAGUCAUGAAUACUGACAUUGCAAUCUAUGGAGGAUGUGGUGAAGAUGAACGUCCCCUGAAUGAGCUGCUCAUUCUGCAAUUGGGCUCCGAGCAUCCAAAUGGCCGCUACAACAUUUCAAUGUGCAAGGUUCUUAGCAACCACUGGAGCCAGGAGAAGCGGAAAUUCUUGAGAGCAGGGAAUUUACAGCAGAAGGAUGCAAGCGUGAGUAAUGGAUAUGCCGGUCAGAAGCCUCGAGAAGCAGAAAUCGAGCAAAGAAACCCAUUCCUGCGUGGUCUAGACAAUGGCCAUGUGAAAAGAAGAAAAACCGGUGAUAUUCGCCCGAAUGAGGCCGAGUCGGAGCAAGAGGAGCACUCACUGUCUCUUUCCCAGCAUUCUUCACCGUCCCAAUCUGAUCAGGAGCAGAAUGGGGCUCACAAACUUUCAGCGUCUCCUAACCCAUCGAUUUCAGCCCUGCAACCAUUCGUUCGCCUCAAUGCCAAUGGCACCCUGAGGGCUCCUGGACCUGGAGGCAUUUCGUCAAGGCCUCUGAAGACCGAUCAGUUUCUCCGCACCAUCGCACCGCAGCAACGGCACGAAGUGCAGUUCCUGACCUCUGAUCAUAAGCUGCAGCCCCGGCCUCCCGGUCCACCCCUUAUUGGGGCAGAGGUUCAUGGAACAAUUGAUGGAGCUUUUGACUCGGGGUACCUCACGACCGCCGUGGUGAACGGUCAGCUCUUCAGAGGCGUUCUGUUUGCUCCUGGACCUGGAGUGACGGGUCCAAGACCCACGGUGCACCACCAGAUCCUGACGAGCUCGGCCGUGCCUCCCCAGCAGCGCCCAUCGCUGGCUCACGCCAUCCCGGUCCAUGCCCGGCCGGUGCCACAGGCGACAGGCUUUGUGCUCCCGGACUGCACCCGCCAUGGGCGGCAAGGGUUCCCGGCGAAGGCCGUCAAGUCUGAGCCGGAGAGGGGCAGCAAUGACCUGCAUGAUGUUGUGCUCACGCUGGGAGGGCCUGGAGGGGGCAAGUGAGCCCCUUUCUGAACGCUUGAGAUCCAAGCCCUGCUGUUUGUCUCUUGGCUUGCUUUGUAAAUUAGGCAUUCUGGUUGAGAAAAAAAUAAGACCAGUAGCUUUGUGUAACCUUCCCAGUUGGUUUCUAGGGUUCUUUUUAUCCGUGAUUUUACAUAUGAAUAUAGUGUUAGCUUGAUGCAGUUAGUUCUGCUAUGAGCAGUAGUAGUGUUGUGAGCUUUUCUGGACUCUUAGACCUGUUAGUCUUUUCUGAUGGCACGAAACAGUUUGGUUCCUGCCUUUGAGAAGGGAACAAUUUUGCUUCCA